AUGACUGACGCAAGACCUAGCUAUGAGUGAGAGCACACUGAGCUAAAAUGAAUAGGAAGAGGCAACUUUGGAUCUGCCUUCCUUGUUAAAAGGAAAUCUGAUGGUGAGAAAUACGUUGCAAAGAAGAUUGCUCUUGGAAAACUUCCUGAAAAGGAGCAACAAAGUGCCCUAAUGGAGGUAGAAUUACUCAAGCAUCUCGACCAUCCCAAUAUUGUUGAUUAUUAUGGCAGUUACAUUGAAGAAGGAGUCCUCAUCAUUAUUAUGGAAUACUGAGAUGUCGGAGACCUUAGUUACCAUAUUAAUAAGAAGAAAUAAAGCAGGAGAGAAUUUCACGGAAGAUGAAAUACUCAAUUGGUUCGUCCAGAUUUCAAUGGCUUUGGAAUAUAUUCAUGGCAGGAAGGUACUUCAUAGAGAUAUUAAAGCAUCCAAUAUCUUCCUGACAGGAAAUAACACAGUGAAGUUAGGCGACUUUGGGAUCUCAAGAGUUCUUGAAAAUACUAGUGAUGCUGCGCAAACAUGUGUAGGAACUCCUUAUUAUCUCAGUCCAGAGGUGUGAAAAUAAUAACCCAUAUACAUAUAAAUCUGAUGUAUGGGCUCUUGGAUGAGUUUUAUAUGAGUUAUGAUGUCUUGAGCAUGCAUUCUCAGCAGAUAACCUCCUAGGGCUAGCCUACAAAAUAGUCCAAGAGACACAUUCACCAAUACCAGAUAGAUAUUCAGAAGAUCUUCAGAAAAUAGUUGAGAUGCUAUUGGUAAAAGAUAGUAAUGAAAGGCCACUAGUUUCUCAAUUACUAAUGACUCCUUUCAUCACAGAGAAAAUGAAGGAAUUUAUUCUAAAUGGGGGAUUUAUUGGAGAUCAAAAUCUUCCUGUUCGCAAGAUGAAGUCUCGAAAAAUAGGGCAAACCUCAACACAAGACACGUCAAGCCCUUCUUUAAAAACUGAAGAUGAAGAGGCAAAAACUAUAGGUAGGCACAUGACAAAGGAGGAGCGAAAAAUGAGAGAGAACACAUCUAUGGCUAUAUCGAAUUAUUCAACAGCUAAACAAAGGAAUAUGCAGCAAAUUUAUGGAAGCACUUUUAAUUAUGCUGCAGACAAUUCUGAUGAUAAACAAAGCAUCCUAAAAGUUUCCAAACAUCAUUCUGUUGGUGGAGCUAGGGUUAAGAAUAAUCUGACCGGGUAUCCAUCAAAAAUGCAAGGUGGUUUAAGAGAGGGUGUAGAGCCUAACAAUAUGAUGAAUGAAAAACAAGAAUUCGAAAGCACGACCUUAUCUGAUUCCUUCGCAGCAAACGAUCGAACAAUGACACAUGCUAAUAAAGACCAAUGAGAAGAUACUUUCGCAGCUAAUGAUAGAUGAGAGGACACAUUUGCAGCCAACGAUAGAGCAGAGGAUACUUUUGCAGCUAAUGAUAGAUGCGAAGACACUUUUGCAGCAAAUGACAGGGAGAUCACCCAAUUUUCUAGCAGCAAAGUAAUGGAAACAUUCAAACUAUCAGAGUCUAAUGGCACUUUAAUCUCCGGUCUGUCUCAAGAAGACUCUAUUGCUCAAACUAUGUCAAAAAUGCAGCAUAAAUCUGUCUCUUACGAUGAUAGAAAAAUUGUAUCAUCAGGAAAGUAUGACCCUGAAGAGUAUUACUACAAUUAUGAAUGCUACGAAUCAGACGAAUUUGAAGAGGAUGAGGAUGAUGUUACAACGGGAAGUACAACUGAGGAAGCUAAGAAAGACGCUAAUGAACUCACAUCUAUUGUUGAUAAUUAUAAAAAUUUCCUUAACAAUGAUGCUACAUUUGACGAGACUGAAAUAGAUAUAGAAUUUCAAAAGGAGCAAGAAAGACUUAACGAGCAACUUAAGUAUAGAGAAGAUAUUCCUAUUCAUGAAACUGCUCAAAUCCAAGCCUCAAAUAAAAAGCUGGAGAUUAUGAAAAUUGUUGGUCCAAUAUUUGAUAAAGUAUACACUAUUCUCAAAGAGGAAAGGUUGAAAGAAACAUCUGACUCUAAGAUAUACAAAAAGCUCCGAAAGUACAUUCCUAAAGAAAACAAAAAGGCAAUGUCAAAGAUGUUUGAACUUGAUCAGAUUGUAGUCCAAGAAAUCCUGAAGGGAGAGUAA